GUGACGGUGACGGUGACGGCGGUUGGAGAUUCAUUGAUGAAGAGUACGACCUUGAAGAGGAGUAGGAGUGGUAGUAGCGGAAGGGAAACAAACAAGAAAAUGAAAGGUUCAUUGGCGAGGCACUUAUCGGUUCAUCUAGGUCAAAUCGCUUUAAAGCCACCGAUUCAUCAGAAUAAUAACAUUCCUUCGCGUUUUCAGAAUCUUCUCGAUGAGGAGGCUCACAAUACAUCGGAAUCCGUUCCGUCUACAUCGUCGUUGACAUCGGCAACGGUUCUAGAUUUCGAUUCGGAUGUCAAUGUGGACGACAAAGAUUUCAUCCUCAGCCAGGAUUUUUUCUGCACGCCCGACUACAUUACUCCGGAAGCACCACCUUUGCCGGUGUGCAAUGAGCUGGAAGAGUUGCCAUGCCCAAAAUCACCAGAGAAGUUAAAAUCUGUCAGAAGUAAAAGGCAAAGAGAAGCACUGCUGGAACUGGAAGAUGAUCCUUUAAUACCAGUAGCAACUGAAACAGACAAUCAAGUAGCAGGUGAACCUCACAUAAACAAGCAAGGGUAUGUUUCCCAAUCUGCUGUGGCGUUGCGUUGUCGGGUCAUGCCUCCUCCUUGUAUGAGGAAUCCUUACAUCAAAGAUGCUUCAGAAAACGAUAUCGAUCCAUUCGGUGACCGCAGAUCAAAAUGUGCAGUUUUCCUCCCUGUGGCAUUUGGUGGUGAUGGUCUUUCACGUUAUCGAACAGAUUUUCAUGAAAUAGAGCAAAUUGGUACUGGGAACUUCAGCCGUGUAUUCAAAGUCUUGAAGAGAAUUGAUGGUUGUAUGUAUGCUGUGAAAUGCAGCACAAGGAAAUUAUAUCUAGACACUGAGAGGCAAAAAGCUUUGAUGGAAGUUCAAGCUUUAGCUGCUUUAGGAUAUCAUGAUAACAUUGUUGGAUAUAAUACUUCUUGGUUUGAAAAUGAGCAACUCUACAUCCAGAUGGAACUAUGUGAUCACAGUUUAUCUAUCAACCACUCAUCUAGACUAUGUCUGGAGGGUGAAGUGUUGGAAGCAAUGCACCAGAUAGCCAAGGCUUUACAAUUUAUCCAUGAGAAAGGGAUAGUUCACUUGGAUGUAAAGCCUGAAAAUAUAUAUGUGAAGAAUGGUGUUUACAAGCUUGGUGAUUUCGGUUGUGCAAGUCUACUUGACGGAAGUUUAGCGAUUGAAGAAGGUGAUGCACGAUACAUGCCUCAAGAAAUCUUGAAUGAUAAUUAUGAUCAUCUUGACAAAGUUGAUAUCUUCUCCCUUGGAGCUACUAUUUACGAACUUAUAAGGGGUUCAACCUUGCCGGAAUCUGGACCAUAUUUUCAAAAUCUCAGAGAAGGGAAACUCCCUCUUCUUCCUGGUCAUUCAGUGCAAUUUCAGAAUGUACUCAAGGCAAUGUUGGACCCUGAUCCUGUUCGACGACCAUCGGCUAAAGAACUUGUGGUGAACCCGAUUUUCAGCAGGCUUAACAAAAGUCCGAAAGCAAGUAAGCCCAAUUCUUGAAAUGGUCUGGUGAUGUUGCAGCCAUGUAAUCAGAACACGAGGAACAGUUUUUUCUUCUUUCUUUUCAGAAAUGAUCUUUCAAACACUAAUUUGCACCAAUUUUUGCAUUCUAAUGGUGCUUCCCUCUUUUUUGUAAAAAGAAACCGAUUGUUAUAUAUCAA